GGUUUGGAGUGGCUGUCCGCGCGGAGAUGCUGUCAGUGUGAGUGUGUGGCACGCGGCGGGCAGGACGCAGCUCUCUGUCUCUCUCUCAGAGCCUGGAAUCCCCAGCCGUGACCUCAUCACUGCGAGACCCCCAGCCGUGACCUCAUCGCCCGGUGCCCGUAGCUGCACGUGUCUGCCUGGAAGCGAGGAUGAAGGAGUGUAACGGAGCCACCCAUUCCCCCGGGGAUCCCCCCGUGCCGCCCGCUCUGUACCGGCCCAAGGAGGAGCCCACACCGGGCUGCCGGUCCCGCCUGACCCGCUUCCUGCGCGGGAACAUGCUGGUCCUGCUCACCAUCCUGGGGGUCCUGCUGGGCGCCGGGCUGGGCAUGGGGGUGCGGCCGCUCGCCCUCUCCAAGGCUCAGAUCGCCUCGUUCGCCUUCCCCGGGGAGCUGCUGAUCCGCCUGCUGAAGAUGAUCAUCCUGCCGCUGGUGGUGUGCAGCCUGGUGUCCGGGGCAGCCUCCCUGCAGCCCUCUGCCCUGGGCAAGCUCGGCGGCUGGGCGAUGCUCUUCUUCCUCGUCACCACCCUGCUGGCCUCAGGGCUGGGAGUGUGCCUGGCACUGCUCAUCAAACCCGGGGUGGGGGCCCAGGUCAGCACUGGAGACGGGGAUGGGAUCCCUGAGGCUAAAGAGGUGGUGGAUUCCUUCUUGGACUUAAUUCGGAACAUCUUUCCUUCAAACUUGGUUUCUGCAGCAUUCCAAUCGUAUUCCACCAGUUAUAGACUUGAAUUAAGAAAUGCAUCAGACCCAGCAGGAGGCUAUAACAUUACAUCGGACAAGGUUCCCUAUGGGCAAGAGGUGGAGGGGAUGAACAUCCUGGGACUGGUAGUCUUUGCCAUUGUUUUUGGUGUGGCUCUAAGAAAGUUGGGAGAAGAGGGCGAGAUUCUUAUAAAAUUCUUCAACUCCUUUAAUGAAGCUACUAUGGUCCUUGUGACCUGGAUUAUGUGGUACGCCCCCGUGGGUAUCAUGUUCCUGGUCGCUGGUAAAAUAGUGGAAAUGGAAGACGUAAUCCAGCUGUUCACUAGUCUUGGGAAGUACAUUUCCUGUUGCAUUCUGGGACACUUCAUUCAUGGAUUCAUCGUCCUCCCACUAAUUUACUUUGCCUUCACUCGGAAGAACCCUUACCAGUUCCUCUGGGGCAUCUUUAGUGCUCUCGUCACUGCGUUUGGGACAUCAUCAAGCUCUGCCACGCUGCCACUGAUGAUAAAAUGUGUGGAGGAACGGAAUGGGGUAUCUAAGCAAAUCAGCAGAUUUAUCCUUCCAAUAGGAGCAACGGUCAAUAUGGACGGAGCGGCUCUGUUUCAAUGUGUGGCUGCAGUCUUCAUCGCUCAGCUCAAUAGCGUUUCCCUCGACUUUGUCCAAAUCAUCACCAUCCUUGUUACAGCGACAGCCUCCAGUGUGGGGGCUGCUGGGAUCCCAGCUGGCGGUGUUCUCACCCUUGCCAUUAUCCUAGAGUCCGUGGGACUUCCAACACAUGAUAUCUCUCUUAUCCUUGCUGUGGACUGGCUGGUUGAUCGCACAUGCACAGUACUCAAUGUGGAGGGUGACGCUUUUGGGGCAGGUCUCCUGCAAGUCUAUAGCGACCGUACAGCCAAGAAGAACCCUGAAGAUGUAGAUCUUAUUGGAGUGAAAGUGGAUUCAUCGGCAAAGACUCUAGAGGAUGAUCCACUCUUAGAGAAGGAUGUUAAAGUGUUCAUAGAUGGAGCAAGGUCAGAAGAAGAAGAGUCUAAAAUGUGAGGACUCGAUGAAAUUUGUGUGAUCAUGUCUACAAAAGGACUUUUUUUUUUUUUUAGAGCUGAAUUUUUACAAACAGCCCUGAUCUUAAACAGGCAGACUUUUUUUUUUUUUAAAUAUGUACAUUUAUUAUUAUUUUUUUUACUUGGACCAUAACUUAUCUUCUAGAGCAAGGACUUGACGGUACCUUCUCCACUUGGGUGCCCUUAAUAUUUAUCCCAUAAUUAUUGUAAAUGGACAUAUUGAUCCUAAUCUGCCUCCCUUUUAGUCUUAGGUUCUUAUAAAUGCUGCAGGGAGCUGUCUGUGACUGACAGCCCCAGUGUGUAUGUGCUAUGAGAGAAUGUUGCUAUGUGUAGUGGUUCUGGGUUAGUAGUUGUAUGCGUGUAAUUUUAUUGUGUGAUAAUUAUACAAUUUUAUCAAGGAUCCGUGUAAAUAUUGGACCAAAUGAAAGCGGCAGGCACACGCUGAGCUGUGUCCUCCUGUAUACAGGCAUCAUGUAAGUCAAUCAUGAUAAAUACUGUUUCCCAACCCAUCACUGUAAUGCUGUCCACAUGCACCUGACCUCCGGGUUGUGCAUUAAAGUCUGUUACAAACGCUCGAACACCCCAAGCACUUACACUGGUGUUGGUCAAAAUGGAUACAACCCCCCCGAUGUUUUCCAGCCUUAAGUUGCACCUCAUCAUUAUAGCUGUAUAACAGCUGAGGAAGUUACCUUGUUUGGACACUCAAAAUUAAACUGACUUUAUAGACAGAGGUAAACACAGUUUGGGCUGUGCCCGAGGCUGCAAGGUCAGAAGAUAAAAGGAUUGUGGAAUGGAGAAAAGAACAUAAUAAAAGACCAAAAAUGUUUGUGCUUGUCUUACUGGUUUGUGGGAGGCGGUGGCUUGCCCUGCAUAUGGGGUGUGAACCACAGAU